AUGAGAAAUUUCAAUGAGCAACGAAGUGACCUGCCACCUGGGAAUCCAUCUGGUGUUGGGGAGCAAACCGCUGGGCCCACCGCACCAAGACGCGGAGAUAUUUCCUCCACUGGAAUCAUCCAUGUAAGAACGUCAGGUGGAGCUGCUACACGGGGUACGGACCAGCCAGGACCCAGAGCUGGAGGUACUAGACGGUAUGAGCCCCACAUAGAUAUUGAAGGAUUUGACCCUGAAAUUGAUCAGAUAAGGGAAGUUGUUGGGGCGAGAUGCCAACCCCAAGCUCCAGCACCGAAUAGGAGUGGUCCACCCCAUAACUACCAGCAACAACUUGGUCGAUACAGACAACAUCAAGAAUACCGACCAAGGUCUCGAAAAGAUGAACCGGAGGUUACUAGCGCAUACAGGCCCUUUUAUGCUGAUGGGUAUGACCACGAUGAGGCAACAAGCCAAGUUCGCCAACAGAAUAACCAAGGUCAGAGAGGUAACCAGCCCGAAAGACCAUUUGUCCCACAAGGGCAGGAUGUCCCAAACAACCAACCACCUCGAGGUGGAGGGUUCCAGGGGGUACCUCCAGUACCAGGCCUAGCAGAUAGCCAGAAUGCUGGGGGCAGACCUCAACCAAAUUCUAUUUUCAACCGUAUGGGCCCUAUGGGAGGUGAAGACCUUCGAGAUGCUCUUAAUCGCAGAAGUAAAAAUUGGGAUUCAAACAACAUAGCUCCGCCUGAGCCUGUUCGAGACUCGAGAAUUGAUGAGGUCCGCAAUACAGCGUAG